AUUUAAACACUAUAAGCCGCACAUAUAUCCGCGAGUAUAUCUUACGGGUUGAACAAGAAUUUUCGUCCGAAAUAUGAGCCGGAUGAAGCCGAUUAAGAAGGUGGGCAUCAUCGGGGUUCCUUUCGAGAAGGGCCAGAAGAAGUAUGGCGUGAGCGUUGCCCCCGCGGCGAUGAGGUACGCUGGGUUGCUUGACAAACUCAGAGAAAUCGAUGAUCUGGAUGUUAAGGACUACGGGGACAUCGACACCCACGCGGGCCUCGAAGCUAGCCAAACAGCAAUAAACAAUGUAGAAAACAUGUCAGACCUGGCGCUGGUGUCAGCAUGCAACAAGCGGCUGUCUGAGAAAGUAUCGCAAGUGCUUCGAGAUGGAAGAAUAGCGGUGACAAUUGGCGGUGAUCAUUCUAUUGGAGUCGGUACGGUGGAUGGCCACUACAAUAUAAAUGAAGAUAUGAUUCUGAUAUGGGUGGAUGCGCACGCCGACUUGAAUACCAACAAGACGUCAGGCUCAGGGUCUGUCCACGGCAUGCCAGUAGCUCUCCUAGUCAAGGAACUCUCGGACUACUGGCCGUAUCUUCCUACGAUGGACUGGCAAGUGCCAAAAUUUUCAAUCAAAAGCCUCGGUUACAUCGGCUUGCGCUCCGUAGACAGCUACGAGAGGUUGGCGAUAGAAAAAUACGACGUCCCCACUUUUGCAAUGGAAGAUAUUGACAAGCACGGAAUAGUGAACUCCAUCCAGCACGUGCUGCAAGUGCUGGACCCGGAGCAGAGGCGGCCCAUCCACGUCAGCUUCGACAUCGACGCGCUGGACGCGCUCGAGGCUCCCAGCACCGGCACUCCAGUGCGCGGCGGACUCACGCUUCGUGAGGGCAUCACAUUGAUGGAGCUGAUACACGCGACGGGACGACUGCGCGCCGUGGACCUCGUGGAGAUGAACCCGGCGCUGGGCAGCGGCGCCGACCGCGACCGCACGCUCGAGGCUGGCGUCGCGGUGCUGCGCGCCGCGCUCGGCUUCUCGAGGCGCGGCGCCGCGCCGAGGGACAAGCUCGACCUGCCCAUACAAACCCCAACCCACAAGUCAACAUCGUGCCCUAAAAUAUGA